GCGUUAACGUACGUUCGUUAAAAACUCAUCACAUCUUGUUUAUUCUUCAUUUUAAAUUUAACAUUCUCUAAGAAUGGUUGUUUUAUAAUUUACCAGCGUAACAUGUUAUUGAUUGUACAAACAUGAAUGAUUUUCUUGUCGUACUUUUUGGUCUGACGUUAACAUUGGUGGACGCUCAGAGUAGGGGCCAUAAUGCACGUUUGGUAACAUCCAGAAAUAGCGGGACUAUUGAACAUCCGGGCAGCUACAUGGCGUUAUUUCCGACAACUCUACAUAAUUCGGAUUUUUCUAUCUACUUCAAACUACUAAAGCCUGUGGCAUAUGAAACUGUUGAAGCCCGACUUUUAUUUUCAAAUUACUCCGACAGUGGCGAGAAAAAUGUAACGAAAGCGUCAGGGAGUUUAUCUUUGUCGUCAGGUACUCAAGAGGGAACUAUUAAUAUAAAGGUUCCUGGGGAUCUUGACAACUAUGGAAGAUAUGAUAUAUACAUUAGAGGAAGUGGUAUUUUCAACUUUGAAAACAUCACCCGAGUAUAUCCUGGAUACCGGAGAAAUGAAAAGAAAAAAUCGCAUAACAUUUUUAUACAGACAGAUAAAGCCGCCUACAAAAGUGGUCAAAAAGUUCGAUAUCGAGUCUUUGUUGUAGACAGAGAUAUGAAGCCGAUGGAUGAAGUUAUGACAAUUUCUAUCAUGGAUCCCAAGUCAAACAAAAUAAAGGAGCACGUGAACGUCAGCGGUCUAUAUGGAUUCUCCGGAGAGAUGUCACUAUCUAAACAGCCAGUUCUCGGUUACUGGGCAAUCCGCGUGAACCUGGAGAACACAGAAAAUGUUGAGGAAAGGAUAUCUUUUGAGGUUCAAGAGUAUGUUUUACCAAAGUACGAAGUGAAAGUGAAACUUCCGCCAUUUGGAACUGUAGCUAAUCCGGAAUUGAAAGGAAGUGUAACGGCAAAAUAUACCUACGGAAAACCUGUUAAGGGACACGUAACUUUGCGAGUGUCAAAAGGAGGCUCGAACUGGUGGUUUUUCGAGCCAAGAGCAAUUCAAACCGAGUUUAAGAUCGACGGUGAAGCAGACUUUAGUAUUGCCACUGACACCUUGUUGAAGUUUGAUCCUUCGCUGAAGUAUGAUACCCUGACCGUAGAGGCCAACGUGACCGAGGACGAGACAGGAGAGAUCCGUGUAGCCAGGAGCACCAUAACCUUUCACGAGAGACCGCUUAAACUUGAGUUCCUGUCGUAUGGUGAUGACUCGUUCAAACCAGAAUUUAAAUAUACAACCUAUAUAAAGAUCACACAACCUGAUGGUCGACCUUUGACACAAUCUGGGGAUAGAGUCCGUAUUGGCGUUACAUAUUUUACCGACAAGGAAACCGGUGUAUCAGCACCUGUCAGACCGCCAAAUAGUCCUUCGUCCAACUUGAUGGAGUUUCUAUCACCGUUUCCCGACGGAAAUGUAAUAUUUAUGCCGGAAAUGUUUUUGUCUGUACCACGUGAUGGAAUUAUUAAAUUGGAACUUGAUAUUCCGGUGAAUGUCGCAACUGGGCAUAUUGACGUGAAAUUAAAGGAUGAGAAAAUAUCUAAGAACAUCCAGCGUUUCCGUACAGCAAGUAAAUCGUAUUUACAUCUUGAGAUGAAAUCCUCGUUUGUAAAGGUUGGUAAGCAGGCAGAGUUCAGUGUAAGAAGUAAUGUCAGACCAAACGGAAAGGUCACUUACCAUAUUAUCAAGAAUGGACGGAUUAUUCAGACACAUUUUACCCAUAUUGCAUCUGUUUACCAAAAGAACACAUUCUACGUGACAAUGACGUCAGAGAUGGUUCCGGACUGUAUUCUUCUUGCUUAUUACUACAACGAUAAACACAGUGAGAUCAUUGCUGACGCCAUCACGUUUACGGUUGAUAUGCAUUUCCAAAACGAUGUGAGCCUAAAAUUCGACAGGACCCAAGUCUCGCCAGGAACUAACGUUUCUUUAAACAUCAGGGCUGAUCCUGGUUCACAAGUUUUUAUUCUUGCUGUAGAUAAAAGUGUAAUAUUGCAUAAAACCGGAAAUGACAUCACCGAAAAGAGGGUGUACAAUAAACUUGGAGUGUAUGAAAGACCAGGAUGGAAAUACCAAGAUUCCUACUUGUAUGGAAGAGUAUCAAGUAACGAUGUUGUUGGUAUUUUUAAUAACGUCGGUCUUUCGGUGAUUACAGAUGCAUUGUUGCAUGACUUUAACUUCAUGAAACUUAAACGCCAAAUAGAAGAGCAAUCUCCAUAUGUUGAUAGGGGUGCUUCUUGGGCAGCUUCCGGCCAAGGAAUGGACAUUAAUGAAUGUUAUGGUCCCGGAUGUUUAUCCACACAAGGAAGAUAUUUAAGUGCUUUCAGAACAACGAUUCGCAAAGAUUUCCCAGAGACUUGGUUAUGGGCCAAUGAGUCUGUCAGCUCUACCGGAAAUGUGGUCAUGACCGCAACUGUACCAGAUACAAUAACCGACUGGGUGGCUACAGGAUAUGCUCUCAAUGCAGAAUCUGGUCUCGGUGUUGCUCCAGUCCCUGCUAAUGUGACAGCAUACCUUCCGUUUUUCGUCAGCCUUCAUUUACCAUUUUCCAUCGUGUCUGGAGAAGUGGCGGUUAUUCAAGCUCUUGUGUUUAACUACUACCCACAUGAUAUGUAUGUAACCGUGUCUUUAAAGAAUUCAUCAGAGGAAUUCCUUGGUAUAACUGUAAACAGAUAUGGCAAGGAGGAGGAGACGAAAGACAGAGUCAAAAAAUGUAUUUUGGUAAAAUCCAACGAUGCCCACUCGGCGUAUUUCACAAUUAAAGCACAAAAGACAGGGACAAUAACCCUUGAAGUUGAAGCAUCAUCGCCCAGGGGUAGAGACACUGUUAUUCGUCAACUUAUUGUCAGACCACCAGGACAACAAGAAGAAAACAAUGUACCUGUGCUAAUAUCACUUGACAAUGGUGGUAACUUUGAGAAAGAUGUUCCAGUUAUCUAUCCAUUAAGAAUAGUUCCAGACUCUCAGAGAAUACAAAUAACAGUGAUAGGCGACAUGUUUGGUCCCUCUAUGGAUCACUUAGAUCAGCUGAUCAAGAUUCCUUAUGGGUGUGGAGAACAGAACAUGGUCCGGUUCGCACCAGCUGUCUUCGCAGCAAAAUACUUAAAAGUUACCAACAGAUACAGUGAUGCUAUGAAGGAACGAGUCGAGUAUAUAAUGGAAACAGGAUAUCAAAGACAACUGACAUAUCAGAGACACGACGGUUCAUUCAGUGCAUUUGGUUACAAAGAUAAUGAGGGAAGCUUAUGGCUCACAGCCUUUGUUUUGAAGUCAUUCGCAGAGGCUAGUGAGUUUACAUACAUUGAUCCAGCAGUUAUUGAGAAAGGGGUCAGGUUUAUCUUAGAGCAUCAGAAAACAGAUGGCAGUUUUAACUCGACGGGUUUUGUUCAUAAUAAGGCAAUGCAGGGCGGGUCAGUAUCAAGCAGCAGGUCUCUGGCAGCAUAUGUAUUGAUAGCCAUGAACGAAGUCCAAAGUAAAAAUAUCAUGAGAAACGUCACAGAAAUAGACUUGUUAAAGAAGUCAAUUUUGUCGGCCACGGGAUUUAUUCAGCAAGGACGGAGUAGACUAACAGGGGAUUAUGAGAUUGCUAUAACAGCAUAUGCCAGUGCACAGUCUGACCCUGCAGACACUACUGACCUCCUGACCAGAUUAGACCGGAGCAGCAGAAUGGUGGAAUCAGAUGGAACAAAGCGCUGGAAGAAUGAAGUCAGAAGUAUUGAAAUUGAAACAGCUGGAUAUGCACUACUUGCCUACGCGAAACAAAACAAUAUAAACGGUGCCCUACCUGUUCUCAAAUGGCUUGUACAACAAAGAAGUCCCUAUGGAGGCUUCAUCUCGACACAGGACACAGUAGUUGCUUUACAAGCGUUAUCGAAUAUUGCGUCACAAAUGUACACUUCUGACGUCAGUAUGACAGUCAGUGUUGACUACGGAUCGGAAUCUCCAAAGAAUGUCACAAUAAACCCAGAAAACAUGGACGUUCUUCAAUUUAUUGAUGUACCAGAGGAAAGCAGAACCCUUCGUAUUUCAGCAACCGGCAGAGGAACUGGAUUAGUGGAGGUGAGCACAUUUUAUAACAUUCUGGAAGAAGAACGAAAUCCAAGCUUUGACCUGAUGGUGACAACCAAUGGUACAGAAGUGGACAGAUUUACUUUGAAAGUUUGCACACGGUGGUUGGAUAGCGAGGAUAGUGGUAUGGUGCUACUGGACAUUGGUUUUCCUUCCGGUUAUAAGCCAAUACAACCAUCUGAGGAGUUCUGGUUAAGAGAAAAGAAAAAUAACGCGUAUUUCUCCAGACAGGAACUGGAACAUGGACGUCUUAUACUCUACUAUGAUUAUUUGGACGAGGAGAUCGCAUGUCAAACCAUUGAUGUUGUGAGAGAAACAACAGUUGGUCGUGUACAACCAGCUAGUGUUAGAGUGUACUCAUAUUAUAAUACAGAAAAAAGUGCAAUGAAAUUCUAUCUACCUAACGUGCUGAAAAAGAACUAUAUAUGUGAUUUCUGUGGUAUUGAAUGCGGGUGUGGCUUUGAUCCAGAGGCUGUUCCAAUGGAAAGAUGUACUGGAAUAAUGAGUAACUACCGAUCAAUCACACGACCAUUAGCAAUGUACCCCGGACAAAACUCUGUCUAUGAAAAGACGGUCGUCUAUCCGGGACAAACCUCCUCAUCCUCUUCUUCAGUGUCACGUCAAACGGUAAUUACUCCGGGCGAAUCUCCCAUGUCAAGUGAAACGGCGGCCAUUUAUCCUGGCAUGAGGUCAGUGUCAAGGUCGUCUUCCUCGUUCCUGGACAAUAACAGAAUUAUUUACCCAGCAGUACCCAAUACGGAAGUACAUCGUGUUAUUCAGCCUAUAGGGGGUGCAUCUUCUGUAAGGACCAUACACAGGCAGAGACUUCAACCUAACCGAUGGCAUCGGGGUCAGACCAUACCAGUUUCGUUCAGUAGGACGACCAAGUUAAAGGAGUCGUUCCCAACUCUUAUCAACUCGUUUCCUACAAUCUCUAGAAGCUGGCACGUGAAUAGAACUUAGAGUGUAUUAGUAUGACAAACCGUUAUAUUUGACGCCAAUGAAGGAGUGGAAAAAUGAUAGAUUUUUGUGUAUAUUGCUUGAAAGGCCAUGCAUAUGCUUUGUC